CAGAGUCCCUGCACUUGUCCAUACUGAGCCUGUGUGUCAGUCUCAAGCCAUGGCCAAGCUGAUAGGGCUCACCAUCGUGGGACUGCUGUUGGCAUUCUACAAGAACCAUCAGUCUUCCUAUCAAAAAAGAUUAACUGCUUUCCAUGAAGUAACUCCUGUAGACCUUCCUAACUGUAAUUUAGUUAAAGGAAUCGAAACAGGUGCUGAAGACAUAGAGAUCCUGCCGAAUGGACUGGCUUUCCUCAGCACUGGACUGAAAUAUCCUGGAAUAAAAAGUUUUGAUCCCAAUGAGCCUGGAAAAAUACUUCUGAUGAACUUGAAUGAGAAGGACCCAACAGUGUUGGAGUUAGAAAUUAGAGGAAAUAAUUGGAAUAAAUCAUCAUUUAACCCUCAUGGAGUCAGCACAUUCACAGAUGAAGAUAAAACCGUGUACCUACUGGUAGUCAGCCAUCCAAACUACAAGUCCACUGUGGAGGUGUUUAAAUUUCAAGAACAGGAAAGAUCACUUUUGCAUCUGAAAACCAUCACACAUGAACUUUUGCCAAAUGUCAAUGAUAUUGCUGCUGUUGGACCUGAGAGCUUUUAUGCCACAAAUGAUCACUAUUUUGCUGACCCGUACUUAAGGUCCUGGGAGAUGUACUUAGGUCUGUCAUGGUCCAAUGUUGUUUACUACAGUGCUGAUAAAGUCCAGGUGGUAACAGAUGGAUUUGAUUUCGCUAAUGGCAUUGGCAUUUCCCCCGAUGGCAAGCAUGUCUACAUAGCUGAAUUGUUGGCUCACAAGAUUCACGUGUAUGAAAAGCAUGAUAAUUGGACUUUAACUCCAUUGAAGGUCCUUGACUUUGACACCCUUGUGGAUAACAUCUCCGUGGAUCCUGUGACAGGCGACCUCUGGGUUGGUUGCCAUCCCAAUGGGAUAAGAAUCUUCUACUAUGACUCCAAGAACCCUCCUGGCUCAGAGGUGCUUCGAAUCCAGAACAUUCUAUCAGAAGAGCCCAAAGUAACUGUUGUUUAUGCUGAAAAUGGCACCGUGUUGCAAGGGAGUACAGUUGCCUCUGUGUACAAAGGAAAACUGCUGAUAGGGACUGUGUUCCACAGAGCUCUUUACUGUGAUCUGUGACACAAACACACCUUGUCCUGGAAAAUGAGCCCAUUAUUUCAAUCCUUUUCCAUACUGAAGGUGACUAUCACAGUGCUCUCUGCUGACCCAUGCAUGUUGACAUUAAACUUAGACAUAAGAAGGUAUGAGAGUGUUCACUGGGGACAGAAAUGAACAGCAAGAUUCCUUUAGUUAGUCUUGGACUACUUGAAGACUUCAUUUACCAAUAAAAAUUCUCUUUCACCAAAA